UUGGUGAGAGAGGCAGAGGGAGGCGCGGUGUCAGUUACCAGGAGGAGAGAUUUACCGAUAUUCUGGGUAAAAUAAAUGUCACCGUCGGACAGCCAGUUGGAUAGGUAGAUGAAACAGUCACGUUUAAUUACCUGGAAGCAUUGUCAAAGGAAAAAAGAAAGAUUUAACGUCAUAUUAAGCCGUAAAUCUUACUGGAAUAAACGAUGUUAAGUCAACGGUUCACCUCCUGUGCAGGUUAUUUAAGGUGCAGUCUGUGAAGCCUGCUUCCUUGGCGUUAUGGCCCCAGCCCUGACCAGAAUCCUGAAAGAUGGCCAUGGGAUCCACCUGUCCUCCCCUCCUGUCGGAAUGGACUCAGAUGGGAGAGCCAUGUGCACCACCGAGCUGGACACCCAGAUGAGGUCGACAGAUGACGGUGACCUCCAGAAGAUGUUGCUGAACCUUUCCUCCUUUCCCUCUCGAGACUCCUGUCUCCCUCUGAGCCCGCUGGACGUCCCUGCCAACCCUGUGCUUUCCCCACAUCUGCAGGCGUCUGCCAGCCAAUGUGAGACGGUGCUCCUCCCCAACCCUGCUUCCCUCCUCAACCUCCUCUCCUUCAACAAAGGCCCGAGAGAUUCUCAUCAGGUGGCCUGCGUCUUCCCAGGUGUACCAGACAUGUUUUUAGUCCCUCUCCCUGAGCACAAUAGUCAAGAUGCUUGUCUGCUGCAUGGACACAGUGCUGCUCCUAAAUGUGGGCCAGAUGGUGGUGAUGUGCAUCGCUCCCCUCUUAUCUUUACCAGUGUUCCUCCUUCCUACUCCCACGGGGAGAUGAACCCUCAGGGCACUCCCUUCUUUGCACCCCCACCUACACUGACACAGGGGAAAGUGGCUGGAAUUGGCUGUCCUCUUCCAUCUUUAGUACAGCCUUGGAGUGGCAGGGUGAACUCUGAGCAGCUGGCACCCAGAGCUGUGGCUGUGAAGGAGCAGCUCUCCAGGCAGGCAGGGCUGCAAAGCCGAGCUCAGAGUCUGCAGAGGAGACUGCACAUUCUGCUGGGAGAGCACGCUGUGCAACACUGCAACCAGCAGCUGGAGGGGCUGACAAGGUACUGUCAACUCGGAGGUGUGUCUCUUGAUAGCUCGGACUCCAUACAUUCUGGUAUACUACCUCCACAAGUGGGAAGUGAACCCCAUUGUUCUUGGCUAGAGUCAUCCACAGCCUCAUGUUCCUUCUCGGAGCUCACAGAGUUCAGCCGCUCCAGCCAGGCGGUGCUGAGAGGCCUGCAGGAAGCCUUGGACUCAGAGGCUACGGCCAGCAGCAGCUCGGACGAGGAGCAAGAGGAGAUUCUCUGCAAAAAAAAGACUUCAACUAUUAGCAGCAGCAGCAGCUGUGAGAGGCGGUGGCUGGGAGAGAGAGCGGAGCUGGGCAGCAGAUGGAGUUGGUUGCAGCUGCGUCUGGUCGAGUUGGAGGGGAGGAUACAACAACUGGUGGAGCUCCACAAGCACAUCCGCUCCACCAAGGGUGGUGUGGUGCUUGCUGAGUCCCAGCCGCUGACAGACAGACAGAUCCAGCAGACCCUGCUGAGAGAAAUGGCAGGGUUAUCCUGCACAGCCUCGGAUGCUGACACCGAACCUUGCAGCCCCAUACGCCUUCUGCACAACAUAGAGAGACAGAGUGCUCAGCUCAGCCAGAUUGUCAACAGUCUGAUGUCUCCUCUCAGCUUUUCACCACUUUCCAAACAACCACACACCUGGAAAGGCAAGAGAGGCUUCACAAGUGAUCAGAGAGGAAACGAUGUUUUUGUGCCUGGGGACUCUAAGAGAAGCAGACUUGGGACCAGGAAGCUCUUCAAAGCUGAUGUGUCAUGCGUGUGUGCCCGGACCCGGCCCCUGGUCACCUACCACAAGCCUAAACUGUUUGCUUUCAACACCUGCAACCCCAGCGGUCAACAGGACACGGGGACGGCCACGUCUACCCUCUCCUCUUCUCUCUCAUCAUCUUCCUGUUCAUGUUGUUCAUGUGAUCCCGUAGUCCUGUGCUCUGAUCCAGACUGCAGCUCCAGUAGGGUCCUCUCAUCCAGGACCUCCAACUCCACACCCCACCCGGUGUCAUCUCUUUCAUUUGACACUCCUCUGUCCCACCGCUUAAAGAGGGUCCUGGCCAGAGAAGAAUGGUCCCAGAGGCCUUUGGUUAUCAAUGAGCAAGCGAGUCCAGCACAUUACAACAGACACAGCUCCACACCACAGCACAACAGUCACAAAUACAAGCAACAUGCGAGGCAUCAUAAAAGCAGAGUUAUGGGUCUGUCACCUAUCAGGACGGCGGGCUCUGGUCAGAGUCAACACAGGAGAGCAAAUCGGAGGAAAAGGAAGGGAAGACACAUCCACAGGCUCAUAGAAGAUGAAGAAGAUGCCUUUCACCAGUUCUUUGACCCAGACAGUUCAGAUGAAGUGCUGGAGGAGAGCUACACACAGGUUUCAAGCAAGCGGGCCUCACAGGGCUUCGUGCGCAAACGCCAGGGAGAGAGUGUGUACAACAUCAACAACAUUGUUAUCCCUAUGUCUCUGGCUAAAGUGGAGAAGCUGCAGUACAAAGACAUCCUGACACCCAGUUGGCGGCUGGUGGACAUCUCAUCUCUGAUAAACAGUGAGGCAGAGAUGGAGGAGGACAAUGAGGAGGGGCAGGUGGAGGAUCUCACUAAUGAAGUCUUUGCCCAGAGACACCUGGCCUUAGAGCAGAGAGAGAAGUUGCGCUGGCCAUCAUGGGGAAACAGAAAAUGCUACAGGCAUCCUAACAGAUCUGGCAGCAGGCUGUCAAGCAGUGGGGGCGGGAUGUGCACAUCAGGAGAGGAGAGCUCUGUGGAGCUGAGUUGUGCUCAGCUGGAUACUGAUGAACAGCAAAGCUCAGAGGAGUGGCUGCCUCAGUCACCCUGGGAGCCACGAGUGUUUCCUCUGGGCCAGGAAGAAGAGGACGCCCUGCUCUCUGAUAACCUAGAAAAAGUUCCAUUGGAGUGGUCAGCGUGUAGCUCUGCCUCGUCUACAUCAAAGAACUCCAACUCCCAUCUCCCCCCAGCUCAGCCCACUGGUGCUACACUGCCGUCUGGUGGACAAAGCCGGAGUCGCACACUCAGUGGCAGCUGAGAGCGCAAUGCCUUACUUUUACAUAUCUCCCCACGUCAAGGACCAUGAGGAGAAACUAUGCCGUGGGAACCUUAAUUGGGAUACUCAACACAUUCCAGAACAGUGAUAUUUAUGUUAUCUGCUUAAUACUUUAAAGCAAAGGUGUUUAAUAUACAUUCUGUAAAUAUUGUAGCAUGUGUCACAAUAGUUUUAACUUACUACUGUAGCUUCUGCUACACUUUCAGGUUUUAUUGUACGAGAGGUACUGUAUGUAAAGACAAAUGUACCAGCACAGCCCCACUGUAGUCUCAGGUUUGUGUGUUGUUUGUAGUUCUCACUUAUUUAUUCUCACAGUUGUCUUAAAAGGUCUUUGUAGGAAGACUUUAAUACAUAAAUAUUUAUGUAACUUUUAUUUGAUUUACACGUGCCUUUUGAUUUCAUGUUUCUGUUUGUCUGUUGAUGUGUUCAUUUGGUAAAUAUUUUUUAUGAAAGUUAUCAGUAAACAGUAACAUU